CUAAUAACGCCUCAUUUUUUCGGUGUGCGGUGCGCGGUUGUUUAACCAACAGUUAGCCGCCCCGAGCUCUGACUUAAUAAAUAAUGAAAGUGGACGGAUGGGGAGCUGCAGCUGAUUUGCUGAUGUCAGGGAGCCAGUGCAGCAUUUCAUGGUGCAGGGUGUAAUCGCGCGGUGCCAUCUGCCUCGAUCGGUGCUCUCAGCGAACCUCACACAUGCGAGCCCGGCACGAAAGAUGCUGCCAGCUCUCAAGAUUUGGGCAUUGUUCUCCCUGUCGCUCGGCUUCCUGUCUCAACCGGGCCAUUUGAAGAAGGCUUUCCGAUGUCCUUCAACAUGCAGCUGCUCCAGGGAGUCUAUCAUUUGCGUCGGGUCCUCCCAUGUCCCGAGGAUUGCCCCCAACGAAAUCAGCUCUUUGAGCAUCGUCAAUGGGACUUUCUCCGAGGUCAGGGAGGCGAUGUUUGCCCAUAUCCCAUCUCUCCAGCUACUGCUUUUGAAUUCCAAUUCUCUGACAACUGUAAGGGAUGAUGCAUUCUCAGGCCUUCCACAUCUGGAGUAUCUGUUCAUUGAGAGUAAUAAGAUAGAGACUGCGUCCAAAUAUGCCUUCAGAGGACUCAGGGACUUGACUCACUUGUCUUUGGCAAACAACAACAUUAAAGCCUUGCCCAGGGACCUCUUUAUUGACCUGGACUCACUGAUAGAGCUGGACCUGCGAGGCAAUGCCUUUGAGUGUGACUGCCGUGCCAAGUGGCUGAUGACGUGGCUGAAGAACACCAACGCCACGGUGUCGGAUGUCGUGUGUGCCGGACCGGAGGACCUGAAGGACAAGCGCCUCAAUGAUAUGACCAGCCUGCACAAUGAGUGCAUCUCAACGGAUUUCGCACUCCAUCAGUCCGUGGCAUCUGAGUCUCUGUCUGUUGACACGUUCAGCUAUAAGAAUGAUGUCUAUGUGACGAUUGCUGCUCCCAGCUCAGACAGCUGUAUGGUUUUCCAAUGGGACCACAUAGAAAUGAACUUCAGGACGUACGAUAACAUCACAGGUCAGUCCAUUGUCGGGUGCAAGUCAGUUGUCAUCCAGGACCAGGUGUUUGUCAUCGUGGCUCAGCUCUUUGGUGGUUCCCACAUCUACAAGUUUGAUGAGGACCAGAGCAGAUUCAGCAAGUUCCAGGACAUUGAGGUGUCCAAGAUCUCCAAGCCCAAUGACAUCGAGGCAUUCCAGAUUGGUUCUGACUGGUUCUUUGUGAUUGCUGACAGCUCAAAGGCGGGCCUGUCCACCCUCUACAAGUGGAACGAUAAGGGCUUUUACUCAUACCAGUCGCUGCACGAGUGGUACCGUGACACAGAUGCGGAGUUCUUGGACUUGGAUGGGAAGGCCCACCUUAUCUUGGCAAGCCGCUCGCAGGUGCCUGUGAUCUACCAGUGGAGCCGGAGCAACCAGAAGUUUGUCCUGCAGGGCGAGAUCCCCAACAUGGAGGACGUUGUAGCUGUGAAGCACUUUCGGAUCAAGGAGGAACUCUACCUGGCUAUGACACGCUAUAUAGGCGACUCCAAAGUUCUACAAUGGGGUGCCAAACAGUUUGCAGAGAUCCAGGCUUUGCCCUCACGGGGCUCCAUGAUUCUCCAACCGUUCUCUUUCAAAGAACGACACUACCUGGCCCUGGGAAGCGAUUACACCUUCUCGCAGAUCUACCUGUGGGAUGAUGAGAAGAAACUCUUUGACCGCUUCAAGGAGGUGUACAUCCAGGCACCGCGCUCCUUCACUGUGGUUUCCACCGACCGCAGGGACUUCAUCUUCACCUCCAGCUUCAAAGGAAACACACAGAUCUUUGAGCACAUCAUCAUCGACUUGAGCUUGUGAGGGGCUGUGCCUUUUUGCCUGUCCUGCAAUCGAACGUCUUCCACGAAAAAGAUACAUUUGUGAAGGGAAAGGAAAGGACCAGACGAGAUAUAAUGAACUGUUAAAAUAUCAAUUCCUGCAUAGUUUUCUGUGACAAAUAAGAGCUGGGUCAAGUAGUGUUUGGAAUCCUAUUAGUUUCUUCAGCUGUCUUGACUAUUUCUCAAAGGCCUUGUCCCAUUAUCUGUUCUCAUGGCCUCUCAGACUUUCAGAGAUACGACCAGUUCACAAAGAGUGAGGGGGAGAGUCAAGAGGGUGGACACUUGUACAAGGCAGCUGGAAUUCUCCUGAACGUCCAGCUGACAUUCCUGAAGGUGGAAAGAUUUGAAAUUUAAUUUGGAUGUACAGAUUUCGGUUUAAUAUCCCCUGCGCUAACGGUUUUAUACCCCAAAAAAUAUAAACCAGGACCUGAGAGAAUUUUACUCCUGAGGGUGUAACAUUGUGGCUGCCACUUACCUCAUGUCCUCUUACCCUGUGGUAAUGUACAGUAUGUUGCCUUAUCAGCACUGGGGUUCUGUGUUCUCAUGCGCCCACAGGGCCUCCCUCUGGCCGUGAUACAGUAUCACACCCCUUUGCUUUUUCCAUACAGGGAAUGUCUUGAAAGCACAAACCUUUAAUUAUCGUAGCUGAGACCCCAGCCCUUAGAGUGUAGUUGUCAUGUGGAACAUGUUACUGUAGGUGCUAUAGAUUAUAUUGCGUACAGUAAAAAGAUGAAGAAGUGUGUUGUUGUUUUAGGAGGUGAAAUAUUCAGGACUGGAUAUAGCUAAUGCCUUUUUAGACAAACACAUAUGAAUGGAAAAUCCCCAUUUACCGGUAGAUAGCCUUUUAGUUCAGAGGAGCUUUAAGUGGCAAAGCAGAUAGAGGUUGUUUUUAUCCAUUUAGUGGAAAUGACCUGUGUUUCGGUGAUGUCAGGGAAAUUAAACCUACUUACAAGUUUGAAAAAAUAACCGCAGUUGUAUGACCGACAUGAUUUAACUUUUGUUUUUAGGCUACAUCUAAAAAAUGCUCCUCACAGCAGAAGUCGGCGGACUCAAGUAAAUACAUUCGAAAAGAGGACAUAAUUUGUUUGUCUAAAAUUGAAGGAAACAAAAUGUAAAUAUAUCCACUCAAGCUGAGAGGCUUCCUCAGUCUGUCUUUCUGUUCUUUGAAAAUGCUGAAUGUUGACUUACAAACUACAAAAUGUACAUAAAACAAGGACUGCAUCGCCACUACCUGUUUGUCACACAAGAGACUGGACUGAUCUUUGCACUUACUUUAAAAAAAAAAAGAAAAUACUGCAGCUUGCAAGAGCAUGACAUUAAAAAAAAGGUGUUUGACAAAUUCUUUUCAGAGCAACCUAACAAACUCAGAAGUCUAAAAGUGCUUCUUCUCAUUAAGUGAAUGGUAUUGCAAAUGAAAAAUCCUAAUGGAAUA